GUGGGCAUUUAAAAGUGAUCACCUGUAUAUUAAAUAUACACUCGGUUUGAAUAUAGGCAACUUCUUUUAAGCCUGAAUGUUAACGGGUAGCAUACUAUACAGAAAUAAAGAGUGUCAACUUAACCUGCAAUAAAUGUGACGUUUAGAUAACAUCGUCACUUUUAGCAAUGUGUUUAUUUAAAUUAAAUGAUAUUUAAUGGAAAAAAUGGCAAGACCUCAUACGAAUUAUGAAUAUAAUUCGUUAAAAAGUGAAGAUUUUGAAAUCGACUUGAAGCCUGAGGAAACUAAAUUAGAGCUUUAUGAUGACCUGGAAGAACACGUUGAGGGUGAAAUUAGAGUUCCUGGGAGCAAAAGCAACGCAAAAUUAGGAGAACCUGGGUUCAACUCAUUAGAUGAACCAAUAAAAGAGACCAUACUUAGAGAUGUUAAAAUAAUUGGUAUAAAGUUUUUCUAUGUAUUAUUCCCAAGAGAGAAAAAGACACUUUUAAAGGAAUGGGACCUAUGGGGACCUUUAAUCAUAUGCACAUUCAUGGCAAUGAUAUUACAAGGCUCUAGAGUAGAUAAAUCAAAUGAUGGAGGCCCUGAAUUUGCCGAAGUAUUUAUUAUUGUUUGGGUGGGUUCUAUGAUUGUAACGCUCAAUUCCAAACUUUUAGGGGGACACAUAUCAUUUUUUCAAAGCAUAUGUGUUCUUGGCUAUUGCUUACUUCCUACGGCAAUGGCAUUGAUUAUUUGCCGAAUAAUUUUAUUUAUGGAGCAAACGUACUUUUUGUUUUUCUUUCGUUUUACUGUGACCAUGAUUGGGUAUGCAUGGGCAGUAUAUGCAUCAGUAAUUUUUCUUGGAGACAGUCAAAAGUCUGGUCGAAAAGCACUUGCAAUGUACCCUAUAUGUCUGUUUUAUUUCGUUAUUUCAUGGCUCGUGAUCUCUCACACAAAUGCAUAGUACUAUUUAGUUAAUUUGUGAUAGAUAUUUGGGUAUGUAAAUACUUGUUAGAUUAAGGCCACUUUUAAAUGUUCUAUUUAUUUAAUACAUAAUCCAUAAUGA